AUGCCUCUGGAGUUCCGGUUCGACCGCACCCUCAGGCAACUGAUAGAAGAGGAUGGACGGAUAGCCUGUCUGACUGCCAGCGAUGCUGAUGAGGCGGACACAUUGAAUUCUAAGGUAGCUCAAGCGAUAUUCAAUGGGCUUUUGCACGAAAAUUUGCACAUCUUUGCAGCACAAAUUGCCACUAAUUCGACCCAUUCCUUGGUUUGUUUGCAUCUGUUGGCAUGA